GCUCAUGUCAUCGACAAUCAAAAGCAACUUAUAAAACACGUGCCCACCGAUCGAAUGGACGCGUUCAAGCUGGAGGCCAAAUGGCCACCCGACAGGAAAUCCACCAUCGAAGCAUCCGAGUUUGGUAUCUACAAGGAGCCGUCUGACGGGAAACGUCUUCGCGGCACUGAUAAGGCCACCGGAUGUCUCCUGGUACUAUCCCUGAUCGCUGCUUCCGCGGUAGUGCUGUACUUUUCGUUUUAUGAUUAUACAACUCCAACCACUCAAAGUGCGUUUACUGGGCCAAUUGUGAGUUACGCAAAAUAUAUAAAAGAAAAAAAUACAGUGACAACUCAAAUGGUUAACCGUUCAACAGACGGGCUUCUAACCACAGUUCUCGGUAUGCAAAAUGYMAACAAUCACACGACACGUGCUUCGGCGGACGACGAAGUUAUUGCCAAGAGGAUUGAUGACGGUGAAUUAGGAAACAGUGGUAGGCACAUGCGUUUGUAUCCACAGYUGGCACCAAAACAGCCGGCAUAUUUAUCUUACGAUUCUAAUUAUUGGAGAAAUAAUUUAAAUAAAAAUAGUAAGCUCGAAUAUACCGAUGGUAUGUAUGGGUUCAAUCGGAGAUCAGAUUUUCCACAAUUGGCAGCUUAUCGAGCGCCGUUCCCGCCAAAGAGCAUCCUGGACGUUAUGAAGUACGUGACUGGGAACCCUCAUAAGRCAAACAUUCCAGAAUACAUGAUAGCACAAGAAUCCAACCAUCAUCAUCGGUACUAUCCUAUCCGACCGGCGGAAGAAGUCAAUAGAUUCCUUCCAGAUGGAAAUAUGCCAAGUGUCAAUUUGAGGAGAUUCCGCAACAAAUUUGGUCCRCCGGUAUUUUUAACGCCACCUAUUACRUCGUUCCCGGAUGACUUUAUGAAGCCACCUGACCUCGAUGCCCGAUAUUCGAUGGAUUUCGAGAGUAACRUACCUUUAGACCUUACGCUACAAGAAGGUUCAGCURGUACACCGACACAUACUGACGUAAUAUUCCGUCCACCUUUUAACAAUGGUUAUCCUGUACCAGAUUCUCCAAAACAAAAAAUAAUUAAAAAUAAAAGAAACAAAAAGCCAAUAAGCGUUAUGUUAGACAUAUAUCCUCUAUCGGAUAAUGAGCAUGAAAAUGAACAAGCUGAGGAAGAUGAAGAAGAAAGUCAUUCUGAGAUGAUUACUUCGUUAAAAAACAAUCUUCAACACUCAGAUUCAGAUAAAUUAUUGUUUCGAUUGAACUUAUAUCCAAAAUUCAGUGAAGGUGGCCGUAGAGU